UCCUAGUUGGGAGUUGAAGCUACUGCUGCUAUAAUCCAGCAGUGCACCCACUAGAGUGUCAGUAGCGCAGUAGACGGGGACGAAGCGAUCCCUGCUUCACUCUUCGGAGGACAAAAGCCUACACAGCCACAGCUGGUGACAGAGCACUUAAUGCCAUGAGAGAGGAACAGAUGAUAACAUGACUGAGGAGCAGCAUAUCUAUGGGACACUCUGAACCAAAACCCCAGGCUACAAGACUGGCAUGUUAUAUGCCUUCUGUCAGUGUUUUCCUGCUCACACAGACAGACUAAAAUAAGACUGGAGAGAAUCAUCAUGGGUAUCACAGUCUACAACAUCACUGCCACCUCAGCCAGGGUGAGCUGGCCUUCAUUCCCCGGCUGCCUAGACACCUUCUACAGCGUAAUGUACGAUCCCAACUGGAACAGCCUCCUGAUGGGCUACAAACGCAAGAGUUUCAUGCACGAGGAACGCAUCCCGGUCAGUCACACCAGCACACACCUGGCCAACCUCCUCCCCCAGACUGCCUACUUCUUAUGCGUCACGUGUCAGGCGGCCAAUCCGGCCAGGGACCAGUGCCAGGUGUUCAGCACUCCAAGUGAGAACAGUGAAGGUCACGACAGGGCAGGCUGGGAGCUGGCCAUGGGCGUCUGGAUGACCAGUUGCAUCUUGCUCCUGGUCAUCGCUGGCAUCCUGCUAUGGGGAUGUCUCCACACCAUCUGCUCGAUCCCCAGUCAGAGGGCUGAGGGCUGCCCUGUGGCCACCACCCUGACCCACCCAGACGUCUCUGGACCCGGAUGCCUCUACGCUCCUGGCGGUGGCGAUGACAACACCAAACAGUCCGCGGUCACGCAAAACCCCCUCCUCUCAACCCAGACCACUGGCCACGUAAUUACCCAGGACCAUGAGCUGAGGACACUCACUAAGCUGUCUGGCAGCGAGCCAGUAUGAGUCAACUGGAUUGAGGUCAUCACAGCAUUGUUGUGCUGGGACAGAAUUGUCUUAUUUUUAUCUAAUGCUAAAAUCCUAUUUGUGUGCUGGAAAAAUAAAAUGUGUUUUUACAGAAAGUCA